UUUUUCUUGUUUUCCUCCUCCAAAAACUAGGUGUGUCUUGUGGUCUGGUGCGUUUUAUAGAGCGAAAAAUACGGUACUUGCUUUCCCAUUCUCUUCCAUUGAUGUAACUGUAUACCCAGCCCUGAAAAACAUAAGCCAUGAAGUGGGCAAUUUCCAGCUUUCCUCCUCACCAGCUUCUGUGAUAAAGUACAUCCGGAAGAAGCUUAAAAUCUAUUGGGGGGGGGGGGAAUUGCCAGGAGAUACUGUACAUAUAGGCAGGACAGGAAGUUCAGCUGUAUUGCAUUUGGCCUGCAGAGGGAGCAUGAACACUGUUUCUCCAAGAAAUGAGAGACUCUCCUGCCCCUGCUCCCACACAACCUAAGAAAGGAACAAGGCACAUAUCAUGAGCACUGCCAGCUUCAAAACUCUCAAAAGCUUUAGGCAACAAACUAGAUCCCUUCCCGGUGUGAAUUAGAGCAGCUGAACAUAAGAAAUUCCCCUAACACAGAAGUUGCUUUAAACUGUGGUGUGAUGUGGCUGCGGCCACCUAACAGUUUCCUGGAUUCGCACAUGGCCUGCAGUUCUGCAUUCCUACAUACCAAAUGUGAUUAGAGGUGGCUUGGGGAAAAUAUGUUUCUCUGUGCUGCAGGUCCUUCAAGACUGGCAAUUUGCAGCAUGGAGGCAGCUUCCAUGCCAUGCGGUCUAAAGCCACAAUGCAGGGCUUUUGAUAUGUAGUCACUUCCAGAUAGACUGGAUUUGCAGCCAGACACCCUCAACACCGAUGGAGAAGGUCAGCCAUGUUUCCCCGCCCACAACAUUUUGAAAACACAUUGUGAUCCACUGAACCCCAGUCAUGCAUCCAACACACCAGAACAUUACCGUAAUCGUGUAGUUACACCCUUUUCCAGUUAGCUAUGCAUGAGUGAAAAGCCAUAGACCCUUUUUACUUUUAAAAACGUAAGAUUAUUGACCAGGCACUUAUAUUUUAGGGGCCAUUGUGCAAAUGCCUAAAAAUUCAGUGAAGAAUUUUAAAGGGGCCCCAUUUGCAUUAUAUCCAUUAUAUAAUUCCCUGAUAGAAUGUGAAUAAGCUUUGCUGAAUUAGCUAUCACAGGGAUGGACUGGAUAAUUCUAGUCACAGUAUCUAGCUUGCUGUUCCUUAAAUAAUUAUUCUACUGAAUAAUUAGAAAGUGUGCAUGCUGGCUUUCCUUUCUUUUCAUCCUGUCUGCUGUGUUUUAAAGGCAAACGAUUUGUUUUUCUGUAUGUGUAAGUGUGUGUGGCCUUCCAUGGUUUACAAAUAAGCAACUCCUUUGGGUGAGCUAUGAACAAUAUUACGUGAUGUAUAUACAAUAUUUAAAUAUUGUACAGAUGCUUUCUUUCUAAAGUGCUAUUUUCUUGUACAGAGUGCUCUUUACCUCUGUUGAUUUGCAUUCAGUGGAUAAUUUUAAAUAACAUAGUUUCACAGUCUGCUUCAGUAAUUAUAGGCUUUUAAAGAUGGUGAGGUAUGAAAUGUACAGUGAUGAUCUUGUAAUAACAGGAGGGGAGCAUGAAGAGUGUCAGACAAUCCCACACUCUUCUUGCUAUGCAAAGAAUAGCAUACAGAAACACCUUUGAAUUCUUUUUAACAGCCCCAGUUCCAUUUGAAGUACCGUAAUGCAUAGGAAUGACAGUGGUUAAAGUCCUUUUGUACAUCAGGUCUUCUUCUCCUACCUGAAAACUAGAUGAUCAUUUGGGGCAUUUAUUACCCCAAAUGAUCUCCAGUUACAAACCGUAUGUUUUAUUUCAGUGAUAUCUCUUUAUUACUAGAUUCAGGCUAAACACAGACCACCGGCCAUAUGGAGAGUGCAGCUUGCUGCUUGCCAGGCACUCUAAAAAAUAGAGGGAUUCUCAAGUACCAGAAUGGCCACAAAACAUGGCCGGUUCAUUGCAUUUGACUUGGUGAUUUGCCACCCGUGCAGGCCCCUACUAGACUAGAACAGAAUGCAUAUGUUGUCAUAAGCUAGAACACCAGGGGUGGCAAGCUAGAAUGGCAAAAGAUCGCUUGAUAUUAAUUGUGUUGGACUCCCUUCGGUCCGCUACAUCUUCUGAUAGGCAAUUGCUGCCUGGAAGAUACAACACAAGAUCAUCUUGCAUGACUGCUUCCUUGCUUUGUGACAUGGCUCUUCCCAGAAUCCCAGUUGUCUUGGAAAAGCAUUGUUUCAAGUUGUUGCAUCUUCAUCAUACAUGCAGUCAAAGGAGCAGGGGCCUGGUAUAACCGAGCACCUGCCAGGGCCAAGGAUCCCACCACCAGUCUUCCUAGCCCUGCUGCACUGCUUCCUUUUGCAGCUUGUCCCUGUUCACCUGCCUUCUCUGAAUGAGCAAUAAGCAAAAGAGCAGUAACCCUUGUAGUCUCCGGCUGGGAGGUGCUGCACUGGGUUGCAUUCAACUAAAGCUGCCCUCCUCCAGAUUAUUCCAUGUCUGUAUUAGGAAGAGAUUUCAUUCCACAGGGACUCCUGCAAAAUCCUUACCAAACACUAUUAAGUCCCCACUGCUGGAAACUGCCAAGGUGGCAAGGAGGAUCCAAAAAGAACAUAGAUAAAUUGAUCUCUGGUAGUGAAAAUCUCUUAAGACACUAUCCAGCCAUUAUUUCUGUAACUGUCAGUCAUUUCUGAUCCUUUACAGCAGCAGAAUGCUAUCUUUAUAUUCUUGCUCAUUUUCUCCUUUCCAUAACUGAAAUAGUCUCAUUUGCUUCUUUUCUCCCAGUCACAAAACAUGAUUAGAUGGCCAGUCCUCAGAUUACAGUAUAUAUUCAAGUUGACAAAUCAGUUCUUAAAAUGUUAAACUCCCUUUUCAUCACACAGACAAAUUUUAAAUGUGGAAUUCUUCGGUUUUCUAGCAUACGUUCAAGAAAAUGUUCUCACUAAAUUGUCUUUAGCCAUUGCAUCUAUAUAUUUUAAAAUAUGGGAUGUUUCCCUAAUACAUUGUUAUUAGAAGCAUGAUUCCACUUUCUGUAUGGAAGAACACUACAAAGUGUACUAUAAAACCUCUUACGCUUUCUCUUCUGUGAACAAAAGUAUGUAAAAAAAUUAUGUGUAUUAGCAUAUCUGCAUUAGUAGCACAUUUGAAUGUCUUAUCAAAAUAGCUGUCAUUCCAGGUUAAAAGUGCUAUAAACCUGCAAUCCUGAGAUUUCGGUCUAUAAAUUAUCCACAAAAUUAUCAUACCAAACUUUUUAAGUUUUCCAUCCUGUUCCCUAAACUUCUACAGGGAUAUUAUUUCACUUGGAUAGUAAGAUAAUUGUAUUAAUCUAGGUGAGCUAAAUUUUGCAUAGCAAUACAGCGGUUUACAAGAAAGAACUUCUUUCGGAUGGAGGUAUGUGAGUGAUCUGAUUAAUUCCCCUGAUGUAAUUUGCUCAGUGUGCUUGCAGCCAAUGAAGGGAGAUAACUCUUGGAUGGCAGCAGCUCCUUAGAAAUACAUCAUGCAGCAAACCAACCUCUUAAGGCUGUAUUCUUGCCCAUCUGAAUCCCUCUGAAGUACAUGAAACUAAGGCAACUGCAAAUAUGUUGGCUGAAGUACUGUUUGGGCUACUGAACUGGCUGUUAUGUGUACUGAAUAUUUAAAUAUAAUCAGACUUCAGUAACUAGUUUUUAAAACUCUGCUAUAGCACUGUUGCUAUUAUUGUGAGAUUUAUAAUUUUUAAAAAAGCUUAUUUCCCCCACCCCAUCUUCAUCAGCACCCCAAAAGCGGUAUAAUUUUGCUGGGCAUGCUCUCUGCCACUUAGAAUCCAUCCCUAUUCUCCCAAAUAAUAGCAAAUUAGGUUUGGUGUCUAAGGGAACCUUUUAGAAAUAGAAUGUGAUGCUAUACCUACAGGCUUUUGUAUGAGCCCUAUGCUAAAUUUAAAGGAAGUGGCACAUGAAUGUUCACUUGUAAGUACCGUAGAAACUGGUAAAGUGAUAGAUGUUUGCCAGAUGAGAGUAAGAAACACAAUUUUCCAUGUGUUUUCUGCUGCAGGGUUGGUUGGUUGUUGUUUACAGAUCUUGAUCAAUAGAAAUUUAAGGGAAAGGUUCUGCUCUGUGCCAUAUUACAGAGACCCAAACUUUUCCCCUGACAGCAAAGCUUGCUUUGCUUUCUGUGGAAGUUUCCAUCUGAACCCUAUCUUGGAAAACCAAAGCAACUUACCAUAAACCUGGAAAUUAAAAAUGAUGGCAGAGUUUAUGAAAUACUGUGAGCUGGAUGCGGAUUAAGUUGAAUUUAGUUCCCAUUGAAAUAAGUGACAUGAUUUAAGUCAUGACAAAUGUUUCAUAUUGAUUUCAAAAGGAACUAAAUUCAACUAAGUGCAAUACUAUACAUGUUUACUCAGAAGUAGGCCCUGUUGAGUUGCCAGGUAAGUUGGUAUAGGAUUUUUGUCUUAAACUGGAUCCAUCCCAGUGCUAUUAAAGAAACCUCAACCAAUGCUCUAGGCACCUUGCAGUAAUCCAAAUAAAAAAGCGCUGAAAUAUAUUAUUAAAAGAUUUAAUUUUCUUGCAGUGAUGUAACUGCAGUAGCAAAACUGCAUUAUUUACACACUUUAAAAUCCACAGCACAUUGUGUAAAGGUUGUUGGGCAUAAUGCUACAAUAUUCAUCUCUGCUUUGAUAAUUCAUCAAAUAUAUUGUAAAAAAAUAAAUAAACAUCCGAUCAUUGUAAUCUCAUUCAUUUUCUUCCCUGUGCAAGACUACAAACCUCACUUAAAGUCCUGGAGCAGAUCACAGCUUUUCACUGUUGCAUCUCCUGAAUACUGUGCUCUUCAAAAAGUGUCAAAUAAAACACAGUAAACUGUGAGGGAAUAUGUCUUCUGCUGAUUAUUUAUGGCUCCUGUCUUAAAAGUUAUUUCUAACAUGAUGCACCAUCCAGCAGAAAGGAAGGCCUCUUGUACAGAUGAUCCUAGUCCUGUGCAUUGCAGCUACGCUCCGGAAGCCUCUCUGUUCCCUGCACAUGUUGUAAAGGUCGUGUGGAUGAGGUCACAAUGCCAUGGGAGGGACGGGGCACUGUAGCUUGAGCUCUCUUGUAAAGGGUCGUAAGGAAGCAGCCAGCUUGGGGGAUGGUAUUGCUCGCAGAGCUUGUCAUGGUAAAAGGCCCAGUCCCGGCUUCCUGAGCGAAUUGUUCGUUUGAGGGAUCUCUCCUGUACAGAGUUUGAAAAAGCAUGGAACCAUUUCAGCGACAAGUAGAUGAAUGCAACCCUUUGAUACCAGGAUAUACAGGCUACAUACCUUAUAGAUUCUACCGAAUUGGAACUAGCUUCGGAAACGAUUCUGUGUGGUGUGUGAAUGCGUUUCGUGAGGCUACUCAGAGAAAAUGUGACCAAAUGGAAGAACUGAGGCUCACAGCGGCUACAGCACCCCAGCUGCCACCUCUUUGCUCGAAUGAAGAAAUAAUAAACGUACUUGAUGACUAUAAUAGCAAACACCAUCCAAAUGUGCUGGGGCCUGUGGAAACAAAAAGGAGUCUACUUGAGCCACCUAUUCCAGGCUGGACUGGCUUUGUGCCCAGGUCGAAGGUUACAGAGUUUGGUCACGGAGCUCGCUACCAUGUGAUGGCAGAAAAUUGCUAUCGAGAUUUUCAGAACUCCUUGGACAGAGCCAAACAGGAUCCUGCUACCAAGGAGUCCAUGAAAGAGAUCCCUGCAACCAAACUCAAAGAAUCACGCCCAUACCAGAGAUUCUACAGGCCGGAAGGGAUGAUGCCCAAGUAUACUGGGCAUAUUCCACAUGAACGUUCUGGCAUCGGAAAGACCUUUGGUAAUGUGAGCAGAAGCUGUUCUGUCUGCAAUCACCCGGAAGUGAGCUAUGGCAUUUAUCUUGAUAAGAAACGGAAGGCUGUAAAGUUUCAAGAACCGAUCAAAGAAGAAAAGAUCCCCUUAACUGCAGCAAACAAUUAAAAAUAUACAGAAAUACCUGAGAUUAUAUGUGAAUAAUACUAUCAUGUUGUUUGUUUAACCACUUGGUAUGAAAUAACAUUAUUUACAUUUUAAAAUAUCAAGUUGUUAGACAGAUGAUUAUGGUUUUGAAACUGACCUUAAAAAAAUCUACAACAGUAUUUCUGCCUAGAGCACAUCUGGAUCACAGCUGCAGCAUCAGUUACUGCUCUAGCUGUUGACUUCACACCCUAUAUCUUAUAUAUUUGAGCUGGCACAGAGAUAUUGAGACUGUGUGGAAGGUCAUUCAGAUGCUAAGAUGCAUAGUUUAAAACUCUUUGAACUAAAACAUAGUAAGACGUUCAACUAGUUUCCUAUCCUGGUAUUGCCAUGCAGCUGUCAGUUUCCCAUAGUAUGAGAGCCUGUCCAGAUGUGGGUGAUGACUCAAGCCAUGAGCUGCACAUCUCUUGACUCAGUGCCACCAUGGAGUUUGCCUGGUUUGACCUUUGCAUCUGGAAGUGACAUCAGUCACAGCUGUAGGUGGACUGCAGACUGAGCCAGAAAAGGAGCAGACAGUUUGCCUUGAGUAGGGCUACUGCUUACUGCUGCCUACAAAAGCGACUGAAAGGAUCAUAAGGCAGAGGACUGAGUGAAUGACAGGAUGCAUCCUUCACAGGUUGACAGAAGUGGUGAUUCAGGCCAGUUCAGUGGCCCACCACAAAUAUGUAAAGGGAGGGCUGUAGUUUAUUUAGAGCAUUUGUACCCCACUCUUCAGCCAAAAAGUCACCCAGAGUGGCUAACAUACAAUCAGUUAGAACAAAACAAUCCCUGCCUGCAGAUUUAUAAUCUCUCUCUCUAUAAAGAAAAGUUACACACAAGGAGAAAAGAACAGGGAAGGAAGAUGAAAAAAUAAAACUCAGGCACCAAUUCUUAAGCAGCUGGCACAGUUCAGGUGUAGAUGGUGCGUGAUACAGCUGGCGUGGUAGAACACUUGUUUUGAAUGCAGGGGAGUUUCUGGUUCAAUCUCCAGCAUCUCCAGCAUCUCCAGAUAAGGCUGACAAACGCUCCUGCCUGAAAUUAUGGAGAACUGCUACCAGUCAGUGCUUGGGAAAUGCUGCGUUCUAACAACAGAAGGGGCAGCUAGUGACAUUUGGGUUCCCUGCAACAAUGGUACAAAGAAACAGGCAUCUGAAAGAGUUGUUCUGGUGGGUUUCUGAGGCACAUUUAGAAUAUGUACAGUGGUGCCUCGCAAGACGAAAUUAAUUCGUUCCGCGAGUUUUUUCGUCUUGCGAUUUUUUCG